AUGCUCGGCCGCACGAGGCGAGCGUGUGCCGCUGCCACGUCACGGGAUUCGCUGCUCUCUGCCACGUGGCAGCUCGCGGUUGCGUCGGACACAUCACUGUUAGCCACUAGGCCCGCGCAUGGCGUGGCAGCCCCUAGCGCAGCGGGGAAUGCAGCAGCAGCUGGCGAAGCAGCAGGCGGAGGAACAGGCGGAGCAGCAAGCAAAGCAGCAGCAGCAACGUUGUUACAGCCAGCGGAGGCCGUUGCUGUGCAUCUACACCUGCAAGCAUCCGCGCCUGUCGGUCUGCGGUCCCUGAGAGCCCUCGAGUGCAUUCCCCCCCAGUCAUCCCUACUCCCCCAUGCCGUCCCCCCGUCACCCGCCCACGCGCUGCUCUGUAAACCAUGGGGGUCACAGCCUCAGCAGCCCCUGUUGGGAUGGCCUCGUGUGCAGGUUGUGGGUGGAGGGCGCAUGAGUCUCAGUCUGGUAACCGCCGCUGCCUUUCACUCGUGCGCACAGCCACAGCAGCUGAGCGCCGCGCUGCUUCUCCGCCUGCCACAUGGCAUGCGGCCGUUGGUGCUGCGACCAGUGGAAGCAGCAACUGGAAUGCAGCAGCAUCGGCAGUAUGCCACACAGGGGAGCAGCAACAAGGACAGCGGCAGCAGGAGGGAGGUGGUACGGCAGGAGGAGGAGGACGUGUUCAGCAGCAUCACUGAUAAGAUUCCCGAGCGCCCUGUCUCCGCCGCUGAGGGCGCAUCCUACUCGAUCGUCAUCCUGGCAGCACUGGCUGUGGCGGCCGGGGCGGCGUAUUUUGUCAUCAAGGAGCUUCUGCUGGAACCCAAGGAAUACAAGGUGUUCAAUAAGGCCCUUCAGCGCGUGCAGAACGACCCUCAGGUGAUAUCGCGGCUGGGGUCGCCCAUCACGGGGUACGGCCAGGAGAGCAGGAACCGGGCGGCACGGCAGCGAAUCAGCCACCGCGUGUGGACGGAUGAAGAAGGGGUGGAGCGGAUCCAGGUUCAAUUCCACAUCCGAGAGGCUCCGCAGAAGCUCCAGUUUGGCGGGCCAAUUAGCAGCAACGGGGAACAGACCAGCGGAGAGCACAGGGGCCAGAGGCAUGGGGUGAAGCGAUCAGAACGGUUUGAUGCGCGGAUGGAUGCCCGUCAGGCGUCGAUGACGACAUCAGGCGAGGCACGGCAGUCUCUGGGGCAGACAGAACAGGCAGUUGGGUUUGGGCUCAGACAGAACCCGCAGAGGCGAACAACGGAGCGCGUCGCUUGCGCUGUCGCCGUCGACUACAUUUGA